AAACAUCCCUCCACACAUCACAUUCCCUCACCGCUCUCCUCUCCACACUACGAACGGACAAACUAUGGCAACCUCUGCCGACUUCAUAAGACUCGCCCAAACCCUCCCACCGCGACUAACCCGGUUCUUCGCCCGUUACCCCCCCAACACUGCCAACGACCUCGUCAAGAACCCGUUCAAGCCGACCAUCCACCCAGUCACCAAGAAAUGGCAUAACCCCGUGUACUCGCUGCGCCGGCAGAAGGAAUUAGUGCUGCUCGCGAGAGACCAUGGUGUAGAGGAUUUGUUGCCGCCGACGGUCAAGAAGACGGCGGUGAGGGAGAAGAGGGCCCUCGAGGGGCCAAAGAUGAAGAAGAUGAUGUCACCGAAAGGGAGGGGGUGGGAGAGGACGCUCAAGGGGAGGUUGGAAAUUCGGGAGAAGGCGAUGCGUGGGAUGCCGAAUCUUAUCGAGAGGUGGAGGAAAGCUGGACAUGGAAGGGGAUGGACAGAGUGGCCGAGGUAGACACGGAUAUAUGGGUUGUGGGAUGGUGUUGUACUUUAGAGGUGAAAUUGGAUAUAUACUCUCCUUUCCUGCGGGUAAAUCGACCUUCCUUCUGGCAAUUGGCGCAGGUGCUUUUCUCGUAUCAUAGAAUUUAUUUUUUCUUGUCGCGAUACCGGUAGUAGUGAUACAAGUAUUAUGAUACGGGAUUUGGAGGCUCUGCUGCCUGCCGUGAUCGACGACGUCAACUCACCCGGCCAACCGGCGGCUCUCAUGUUCCACACACCGAACAACAACCUGAAAAGCGCGGCUAGAGAAUUCUCCAGCCUCUUCCACCUUCCUGCUAGAUCAACCAGAACUCACAGCAAUGGAUAACUACCCCCUCGAAGCUCCCCCUCCCCCUCCGUCAUCGCCGCCACCUCCGCCCCCUCCAGAUUCCACGGUACCUCCUCCACCGCCAACUGAAGAACCUCCUCCACCACCACCCGUUGAACUACCUCCCCCACCCCCGCCGAAAGUUAAGCCAAAACCAACCCCUACCCGAGGUCCUCUAUCUAUCGAAGAGAUACUAAAGAAGAAGAAAGAGGCGGAUGAAGCUGCUAAAAGGCCCAAAUUCCUGCCAAAAGUAGAACGAGAAAAGAUCGCGCUAGAAAAACGCCAGAAGGAGGUCGAAGACCGGCGGAAACGCGAAGAGACGGAACGGCGUGGUUGGUUGGAGGCUCAGAGUAAUGGAGCCCGCGGCGGCGGUGGUAGCGGCAGCAGCGGUGGUGGCGCAGGUGGUGCACGAAGAGGAGGUGGAGGUGGAGGACCACCGACUGGCCCAAGAGGGCAACGUGAGCCCCCGACUGGGCCUGCCGCUAUGAGGAAUCAGCAAGGAUUUCAGAGGGGUGGUGGUGGGAAUAGAGGUCGGGGAGGAGAUGGUGAUAUGGCGCCUCCGCCGCCACCGCCCGGAGAGAAGGGUGGUGAU